CACACGACACCAAAGUAUGAGUCGCGGCGGAAAGCUUGCCCCAGAAGUGAACCGAGCUCUAUUCGUGAAGAAUCUGAGCUUCAACGUAUCUGCGGAGGAACUCUUUGAUCUCUUCGGAAAGUUCGGACCUGUGCGCCAAAUCCGCCAGGGCAUUGCCAACAAUACCAAAGGCACUGCAUUCGUGGUGUAUGAGGACGUGAUGGAUGCGAAGCAAGCCUGCGACAAGCUCAACGGGUUCAACUUUCAGAAUCGCUAUCUUGUCGUUCUCUACCAUCAGCCCGAUAAGAUGGCAAAGGCGCAGAGUGAUCUCGCAGAGCGCCAGCACAACCUCGAAAACCUUAAACGCCAACACGGUAUCGAUUAGCAUGAGGCGAGGCCCACGGAGAAACUAAUUACAAUACAAGACAAGAGCAAUGUCGACUCUCCUGUGGGCCUCAAACGUGCACGACAACCAGCACCGCCGGUGAUCACUAGCACACGUACCCCAACGAGCACUUCCAUGACGGGAACCCGCAUGGCAAUGUCGCAUCGGGGCUCGAAGCUCCAAGGAAGUCGCACCUGCGACUGGCGGGGCAUCAAGCUGCCCACCAAAUGGUUAUCAAAUGGGAUACAUCGGUUGGCGUUAAAGAGAGCAUGAUGUUAACGACUUGACGGAUAGCUAAGCUUUCAUAUCG